CAGCAUAUUUGGUUCUUAUGCGCUGGACUACAUGUGCUGCUGCUGCGUGUUGGAGCCAUAUGAAGGUCCUAUUGCCGCGACAAGAAUCCACCCCAAUCGAGAACAAAGUGUUUGAUCUCCAGUUAUAGCAGCAGUUACAGAACUGUGGAAGGAGAGAACAGAAGAACACUGGCUACUAUCAACGGACAUUGGGACUCGCCGCAACCUUGCGCUUUUUUGGGUGUACUGCCCCUCUUGAGCAAUGGCAUCUCUAGAUCGAUCAAAGGGAGCGUGUGAGGAUGGGGUCGCCUUUUUUAUUACCAUGUAUUAUCAGUAGAUUAGAUGUAUCAUACAGUGAUACUAGAGUAUUCCAUAGCCUCUGAUGUGAGUGCAUGGAGACACAUAGGCAGACAAGGUUGGGAACGUGAAAGAAGUAGCGCGCUCCGUGUAUACGCGUGAUCCUACAGAUUGCACUGAAAAAAAGCACAAUAUUUCCCAUGCAUGUUUUUGUUAGUAGACUUCGUAACACAUGGGUGAAAUAUUGAUUAAUCGUCAACUGCUAAUGAACACACCAUAAAUUAGCAGUGUUCUUGAACAAAGCUGAUGCAUCUUAAAGGAGACGCGCGUGUUUUGACAGCAUCAUCCCCACCUCAAAUGGAUGGAGUUAUCGUCUGAUCCUGGCCACAGAAAUCGCCCAACUUCAAGCGCCACGUAAGUUGAGGCUCUGAGCAAUGGAAUCUCUAUUCGGUGGUGAGCUGAGGCUACUGGGAGGUGGCGAGGGCUUGAAGGAGGACAGCUGUGGCGACGUGGGCUGGUCCUCCUCAUCCCUCCCUGAUGAUAUGUACUCCGUCUCCCACUACGCCCUCAUCACCGCCUACCAGGACAUCAAGACACGGCUCGCGGGCCUGGAGAGAGAGAACAGUGGCAUCAAGAGGAAGCUCAAGAUCUACGAGAUCAAGUUCCCUAUGAUCAGUGAGUUUGGGGAGGACAGGAACUCCUACUGCAGCUUUGAGUCCAAGGAGACAACUCUACUGCAGUCAGAGAACGGCAACCUGCAGCAGAAAGUCAGCACCCUCACCCACGAGCUCCAGAAGAGGAAAGAGCGCCAGGAGCAGCUGGAGGAUGUGAUCCAGGCCUAUGAGAAGAUCCACAUGGAGAAGAACAACCUCCAGAGAGACCUGGACAAAAUGACCAGUCUAGUGGAGAAGCACGUGGAGCAUAUCGUGGAUCUGGAGUCUGCUCUGAGACAGAGAGGCAACUCACUACAGAAGCUCAACACCCAGCUACACAGCAAGGACAUCCAAUACCUGCAGCUACACAGCCCAGACAAUCACAUGCUAGACUGUCCUGCGCUGACCCUGCAGAGCUCUCGUAGUCUAGACACUCUGUCAGACCUGAAGCUGCAGUGUCUGGAGGCGGAGCUAGAGAGAGCGCGGCAUGAGGCAGAGCGGGCGUGUCAGAGGGAAGAGGAAGUGAAGGCCGAGUGUGAGAGACUGCAGGAGGAGCUGAGACAGAUCCAGAACAACCACAUAGGGAGGGAAAUGACUUCGCCGUGUGAGCAGUGUGAUGUGGAGUGGAUAAAGAAGGUGGGAGAUGAGCAGGUGAAUUUGGCGCUAGCCUACACAGAGCUAACUGAGGAGUUGGGACGUCUCCAGGCUCUGAGCUCCAAACAAAAAGAGAUCUUGAGGAUGGUCUCUCAGGAGCAGCAUAGCCCAGUCCAACGCCACUCCCACCCCCCAUCUCCCAUCCCUCACCAACGCCACUCCCCCGUGCCCCAGCGACACUCCCCCAUCCCCCAACGCCACUCCCCCAUCCCCCAACGCCACUCCCCCGUCCCUCCUCAGCACCACUCCCCCAUUGCCCAGUGCCGCUCCCCGGUGCUCCAGCCGCAGCACCUCUCCCCGGACAUGCACCGCCGCUCGCCGCUGCUGGACGUCAACGAUGGGCCUGCCUCGUACUCCUGCCGGCCAGCCAGCCACCAUCUGAGGGCCAGCUUCCAGGGCCGACGGAGCUACUCCGAGGUGGCCGACCCCUCGGCCUACCAGCGGCCACCGCGCUUCAGCCUGGACCCCGUGUCCACCCUGCCCAAACCCCGGCCCUACAGGGACUCCGGCUACUCCAAGCAGCAUCAGCAGCAUGAGCAUGGAGGCUCCCAGCAUGGAGGGUCACCCCACAGAGGAGGCCAGCUCCGAGCUUCCCAGUCUGGGCUAGAGAGGGCAGGGAGUGAGGUGGGCCUCCACGAAAUUUCCUGCCACUCUCGAGAGCUGCCCUUCCCCCUGUCCGAGGUCUCUCCCAGGUCUCACCUGCACUUUGAACCCCUGCCUCCCCCCACGCCUGCCCCCCAGCUUCCGCAGUCCUCCGAAGACGAGGAAGAGUGGACCUGUCCGCACCCCAUCAGCCCCCCACGGACGCUGGGCGUGCCCAACAAUGUGUCAGCUCAUGGGGUCAUGAAGGGGCCAGCGUCCUGCUCGGCCUUCCCCAUCCCAUCCAGACCCAACACACUGACCUGCCACCCGCCAGGAUACCUGCACACAGACCACGCCCAGUCCUGGCCCUCCAUCAAUCUGUGGAUGGAGACAGAAGAGAGUGACAUGAGGAGCUGCCCUCUGUGCCAGCUGAUCUUUCCCAUGGGUUACCCUGAUGACGCCCUAAUCAAGCACAUCGACUCGCACCUGGAGAACAGCAAGAUCUGAUCGCCACGGCAACACUGCACCCUCUUUUUAGUUGCAACAAUUCUUUACUUACAUUGUGGAGUAAUUUUAGAUUUGGUUUUGUUUUAUAGGUGGGUGCCUUUUUGUUUGACAAGACAAGAGGGCUUAUUGUGUGUUUAGUAGUCCAUGUAUGGGACUAGGUUUAGGGAAUGACAAGGAUGGCUUCGAGGUUCAUGACAGACAAUGUCCUGAGGGUUCCAGGCAACUUGCAGUCCAUUUGUUUUUAUAUCUUACACCUUACCACUACUACUUGCUGUAAAGUGGCCUGCUUUUGUUUGACUCUCUACCCAUGUACAGUAUAAGGCUUGUGAAAUACAGACCAACCACAAUUAAUUCCUGGAAUUAUCUAGGGGGCCAGAUGGAUAAAUCCAGUUUGUUUGUUCUUCAGGGAUUGACAAUGUGCGGACAGAGGUCAGAGUUAUUUUUAAAAAAAAUUAACCUUUAUUUAACUAGGCAAGUCAGUUAAGAACAAAUUCUUAUUUUCAAUGACGGCCUAGGAACAGUGGGUUAACAGCCUGUUCAGGGGCAGAACGACAGAUUUGUACCUUGGCAGCUCGAGCAUUUGAACUUGCGACCUUUCGGUUACUAGUCCAACGCUCUAACCACUACCCUACCCUGCCGUUAUGAAGAGAGGAUGGCAGUGUUGUGACUGUGACUGAUUGUAGGUAAGAAUUUGUCCUGCAGGGUAGGGCAUGUAGUUGCUGUGACAACCUUGCUGUGGUGAAGCGCAUAGGCAGAUUAUCUGUAUUAUCUUGCGGCCUGAUCAGAAAUCCAUAUAGAUCUGAGCACAUUAGGUUAACCUACAGUAUAUAAUCCUAUUGUAUAUAAUAAUUUCUCCCCUAUGUUAUUUAUUUAACCCCCUAGAGUUGAUGUCUGCACCUCACGGACAUUUAAUUAGCAUAAUACAAAAAUGCCCAUAGAAAUCUAUACAUUUUAGCUAGAGAUAUCUGUUUUUGCAUGGGGAUGUGUCUCAAUCCACCGCAUCAGCCAAUGCCACACUUUUGCAUCUGAGGUGAAAGGUGACAGAGCUAGAGCAGUGGUCUUCUCACAAAAUUGUCUGUAGCAUCGGAACCAUUUUGCUCUACGACCCCCACAAGAGUCUUGGGACUCGUUUGACGUCAGUGCAGCCAAUCUGCCAACUUCUGUCUUUAGCGUCCGAACAGUUUGCGCUACACGCUCAUAUGACCCCUCUGUGGAAAGGUGAGACUGUCACGAACAUAUCAGUUGAAGUUCUCCCCGUACCAGUUGGAAUAAAAUGGAAGUACUGUAUAUCUGGAGACUGUUUAGUGCUAAAAAAUAAGGGGUUAAAUACAUGUAAAAAAAAAAAAAAAAAAAAAAAAAAAUGAUAUAUAAUGUUUCCUGAUCUUUCUUAUAUCUUUCAGAUAUAGGACAGACACUUUAGAACAAACUUCCUUUAUCUGUUGUUCCAUGUAGUGAAUAUGUUAUUCAAUGCGUUGGUAUGGGCUAAUAGCAGUAAGGCCAAACAUUUUUUUUGCACAAAAUUAUUUUGUAAUAUUUUUGGGGGAUACAUCAAGGGGUUUUAAAGUUCAAAAUCAUAUAGCAAAAAUAUGCUUGGUAUGACCUUCUUUAAACAAUUACAUAUAGCUUAGUAGAACCCCACCCCACCUCCCCGGCUUAGACAGGGCUUAGGCUGUAAUGGGUUAAAGGGCAAUUCCACCAUUUUUCAACCUAAUUGUCAUUAUCUCCAGCACAAUACCAGUGUCUACAUAUGUGAAAAUGGUGCAUUUCUAUGAUUUUGUAGAAAUAAAUAUAAAGUUUAAAAGUUCUCCCAGAUGACAUCAUCAAAAGUUCCAACAUUUAAAAAAACUGUGAUUCUCAAACACAGUGAAGUGAGGAGCAAGAAAAUGCCCUCUGGCUAAUCAAUGUUGUUUUUUAAAAAUGAUGCUACCCUGUGAUGUCACAGAGAAGCAUUUUUUUAGGACCUUGGUUCUUCUCUUUUUAACCAUAGAUCAUAGAAACGCGCUGUUUUCACAUAUGCAGACACUGGUUUGGUGCUGGAGAAAAUGAAUAUGAGGUUGAAAAGUGUUGUGAUUGCCCUUUAAUGUAUCAUUUGAUAUAUCUGUAAGUAAUGAGGCAAAAAAAAUCUGUAAAAAAAAUCAUAUUUGUGCUGAACAUGGUUAUGUUGGUGAAUUGUCCUCCUCCUAAGCUUGCACAAUACUGUAUAUAGCUAGUGGGACAGGAGUUUGUACAUGGAAGAGGGAAUGGAAUAUAUUUGUAUAUGAUAACAAUGAUUCAACUGGGAAUCUCUUUAGUCUUCCUGAAGAACCGACCUGCAAACGCAUCUGAUAAAGUAUUUAUAAGAUUUCUCCAUCUUACAGUCUGAAGCUGGCACACUUUGCAUUUUAUAUCUAAUAUAUAUAUAAUAUCUAGUAACACAUAUGGAAUCAUGUAGUAUCCAAAAAAAAAUGUUAAACAAAUCAAAAUAUAUUUUCAAUAAAUAUUUUUAAGUAGCCACUCUUUGACUUGAUGACAGCUUUGCACAGUCUUGGCAUGGCUAUUUUGAAGAAUCUCAAAUAUAAAAUAUAUUUUGAUUGGUUUAACACUUUUUUGGUUACAACAUGAUUCCAUAUGUGUUAUUUCAUAGUUGUGAUGUCUUCACUAUUAUUCUACAAUGUAGAAAAUAGUAAAAAAUAAAGAAAAACUCUUGAAUGAGUAGGUGUGUCCAGACAUUUGACUGGUUCUGUAUGUAUGUGUAUGGCUCUGGUUACUAUAUGUUCUAAAGCCUAGUACAAAGGGGUGGGGAAAUUAAAUUCCAAUCAAAUCAGCUCUGAAAAAGAUCUGAUGUUAAAAGAUCUGAUGUCAUUGGUCAAAAGACCAAUUAGUGGACAAAAUUUCAGAAUUGGGCUGUGUAAACGCAGCCUCUGAGAAUUUACUGAUGUAUAUUCCUAUGAUUCGAUGUAAAAAAAACAACGCAUUUUUAAAUCUCAAAAUGAUUUCACUUUGGGAAUUCCCGCCCACUUCCACCCCUGGUACAGUACAUCUAUAUUCUAAUUUGAAACUAACAACGAUAUCACAAUAUGUGAUUGGGCAGAUAGAUUACUAGUAUUAAUUACUUCCAUGCCCACACAGACAACAUUGACCUAUCAUUGAUUGUGUACAGAAUUCCGUGUUAGAUUGUAUACCUUUUGAUUACUUUGACUGAAGGAACAGUCACUACUCUUUUAUAACCAAAGAAAGCUAGAUUAGAUACAGUGCCUUCAGACCCCUUGACUUAUUCCACAUUUUGAUGUGUUACAGCCUGAAUUCAAAAUUGAUUUUGAAAAACUAUGACGAAGUGAAAAUAUGUUUUUAGAAAUGUUUACAAUUUUAUUGACAAUGAAGAACAGAAAUAUCUCAUUUACAAGUAUUCACACCCUUUUGUUAUGACACUCCAAAUUUAGCUCAGGUGCAUCCAAUUUCCAAUCGUCGCUACAACUUGAUUGGAGUCCUCCCGUGGCCAAUUCAUUGUUUUGGACAUGAUUUAGAAAGAAACACACCUAUGUACAGUAUAUAAGGUCCGACAGUUGACAGUGCAUGUCAGAGAUUCAAGCGUUACAGUUUUUGAUUUUUUUGUUGCUAGGGAUGGCUCGAGUUUGAAGUGGAGUGAGUACAGGGCUUAGCAUGUCUCUCAAGAAGGCUAAAAAUAGAUUUUGGCUUGGAAAAGUUUAAUAUUUUCAGGAGGAGUCGGGUAAUUGGUUAAGGGAGGAAGAUUGCAGGGAAAGAGAGAGGAGGUUGAAAAGACUGAGGGAGGCAGAGGAUAGUUUUGAAUCUGUUGAAGCUAGCAAUAACAAGGGAGAGGGUAUGUCGAAAAAGAUUGGUGUCAAGAUCAACCGGAGUGAGCCGGACGUCAGUUCGAGUUCUGGAGGUGUAUUUGAAGGGGUAGAAGGUGUUGUGAGGAGCUCAGAGCCUGAGCUUUGCAUCGACGGACCUGGUUAUGGCAAAGAUACUUUUGGUCCAGUGCAAGUGAGAUUUUUGAAGAGGGUGGAACCAGGUUUUUUUUGCUGAUCAACUUGAGGAAAGACCUGUAUCUUGCUUUGCGCUGAGGUACAGGGCAGUGUUGAAGGGAAUGAUUCCUGGGGUAGCGUUAAGUGUGGAGCUGGAGCAAUUUAAGUUGAGGAUUCCUGGUGUUUGUGACGCUCCCCGUUUUGUGUGACACAGAUCAAGAAGGACCUUGGGAGUUGUCCAGGGAUGUGACCAAUGCAGGUGACCUGCAUUGGUCACAUCCCUGGACAACCCAAUGACCUCUGACAGAACUACAGAGUUCCUUGGCUGAGAUGGCAGAACCUGCCAGAAGGAAAACAGUCUCUACAGCACUUUACCAAUCUGGGCUUUAUGGGAGAGUGGACAGACGGAAGCCAUUCCUGAGAAAAAGGCACAUGAAAGACUCUGAGAGCAUAAGGCAAAAGAUUCUGUGGUCUGGUGAGACAUAAAUGUAACUAUUUGGCCUGAUGCAUGAAGCUCAUCACCCGUCUAACACCAUCCCUACCAUGAAGCAUGGUGGUAGCAGCAUCAUGCUAUGGAGAUGCUUUUCAGUGGCAGAGACUGGUAAGGAUAGAGGUGAAUACAGGCAAAUCCUUGAUGAGCAUCUGCUUCAGAGUUCUAAUGACCUUAGACUUGGGGGCGAAGAUUUACGUUCCAAUAGGACAAUGACCCCAAGCAUACAACCAAAGCAAUGCUGGAAUGGCUUCAGAGCAAGAAUGUUUGUCCUUGAGUGGCCCAGCCAAAGCCCAGACUUGAAUUCCAUUGAAAAUCUCUGGAAAGACUUGACGAUUGCGGUUCGCCACCGCUGCCCAUCUAAUUUAACAGAACUUGAGAAAAUCUGCAAGGAAGAAUGAGAGAAAACCCCCAAAUCCAGAUGUGUAAAGCUGACACAGACAUACCCAAGACUCAAAGCUGUAAUCGGCGCCAAAGGUGUUUCUACAAAGGAUUGACUCGGGUGUGAAUACUUAUGUCAAUGAGAUUUCUGUAUUUUAUUCUAAAUACAUUUGAGAGAAGAAAUGAUUAACAUGUUUUCACUUUGUCAUUAUGGGGUAUUGUGUGUAGACGGGUGAGAGAAAAAAAAAAUGUGAUCCAUUUUGAAUUCAGGCUGCAACACAACAGAAUGUAUGAAUACUUUCUGAAGGCUCUGCACGGUAUGUCUACAGCAUAUACACGCUUAACUCUCUUGAUGAUGACUCAGUACCAACUGAUCAUAUCAUGCUCACAUAUAUGAAUGGAGAGAUGAUACAUACAGUAGAUAUGAAUAGAUAGAUUACACUGUUCCGGGGAACACAUUCAUGACCAAAAUAUGUUGACCAGCAGCUGUAGCGCAUAGCAAACAUGCCUGUCAGCUCACAAUGUUAAGCAGUGAAAUGUAUAUACCGGUACAGCAUGUUGUCAUUUCAAUGGCCACAUAUACACAGACACGUCGUUGGAAUAGGAGUCCGACACAUUCAAGCCACUAUUCACAAAGAGUCAACUCGGGAGAUGUGUAAAGAUUUCCUCUUUCGCUUUUUUCUUUUUCCCUCAAAUCCUCCAGCAAGAAUCAAAUCAGAUCGAGCGCUGGCGUUAGCAGUCUAAAAACAAUCCUCAAUCCCUCAGCCUGUGAUUUCUAACUCUGAGACUGAUCUGAUGAUAACAGGAAACCCUCGUCUGGAAAGACUCCGGGGGCAAAGCUUUGUGAAUAUGGCUCCUCUCUUGGGGCCUCUCUGUGGCUCUGGGGACCCCGCGACGACUGACUGAUAAGAACUCAUCAGAAAUGUCUAGCAAGCUAAAGGGCCGCUAACGAGGAAGAAUAAUCAUAAUGGAGGUAUUUUGUGAGUACACCGCUGGCUUUCAAGGACUUUCAACAAUGUGCAAAAAAUUUGAAUAAAAAGAGAUGCAUAAGGA